CUCAGGAAGCCAGAACAAGGCAUGAUAAAAACCCAACUGGAAUGUAAAUUGAUCACACUACUGUUAAAAGCUUUUUUAAAGCAUAACCAAAGGAUUCUGGCCAACUGAAAUCUCUAGUGCAAUGACAAGGCUUGUGUUUCUCUGUGCCUUGGUGCAGCUGUUAGUCUCCACUGUGACUGCAAAUGCUCCGUAUGAUUUCAGCAAUGAGUGUGUCAAUCCAACCAACUUUCGUAUCGUGCCCCCAGAAGUGGAAGAUAAUGUUUGUGUUCUAAUGGACUCUCGAUAUUACACCAGCCUCAUUGGGAGCAGUGGAGUGUGGAGGGCCAUUGAGACAGAUUCGAAUGGAGGCACUUGGACUCGAGGUCGUGGUGGGAUCUGCACCUACCAAGUUCGUUCGUGCAGCAAUUCUCGACAAAUGCCACAAGCUAACUACCUCCUCACUCAGUUCAUCAAUUCGGGAGACGUGAAUGAAGUUUUGAUUGAUUUGGCGUAUCGCUUCACUAGCGGUGGAUAUACAAGGACAUUUGAUGUGCUCUACUUUGAAACUGAUAAUCCAGACGCUCAAGCUUCCGCUGACCCCGACAACUACCAGCUGCUUAGUAACAUAUCUCCAGAAAGCUCCGCAGGGAGUAUCACACUCUCCUUCAAAACUUCCAAUGCGAAGAAAGGAUUGUACCUCUCAGUACGUGAGAAUGGAACAUGUCUGUCCAUCACCAGCUUUCGGGUUUACACCUACUGUUGCAAGAGUCAAACUGCAGGAUUAGUACUGUACCCCGACACAUAUGCACCAGCUCAAUCGAGUGAAGCUACAGCCGUUGCCGUAGGGGAGUGUGCAGUAAGGUCUAGUGCAGUGGACGAUACUGGCAGUCGAGCUCAAUGUCUGAGGGAGAGGGAAUCGAGAGCCUCUUUGAUUGAUGUUCAGUGUAUGCCAUUGGGAGUUUGGGAUCGGAGUAGGGACUGCUCCUGUGAUCCUGGGUUUGUUCUGGACACUAGCGAUGGAAGCAGCCAUUGUGUUGCUUGCCCUGCUAACACUUUCAAGAGCUCCUACAGCAAUGUGGAUAGUUGCCUCUCCUGUCCUCCUAACAGUGAGAGUGGGUCAGGCUCGUCUUGUUGUGUCUGCAGCGACAGUUUCUUCAGAACCGGAGAUGAAAUGGAUGAUGUUCCCUGUUCCAGAUCUCCUAGCAGCCCACUUAACGUGAAUGUCUUCCAAGCUAGUAGCUACUCUCUUACCCUCGGUUGGGACUCUCCUCAGAGCAAUGGUGGCCGCACUGAUGUCAGCUACGCCAUUGAAUAUCAGGAGACCUCUCUGAUGUUUGAAGGGUUCCUACCAGGUGGUAAUGUAGCCCCAGGCUCUCCAAGAGAGUUCACACUGAACGAACUCAAUCCUGUGACAGAGUACACUAUAAGAGUGACUGCUGAGAAUGGAGUGAGUGAUCAGGACCCGGACUCUGUGGAUGGUCGUACUGCCACUAUCACUGGCUCUACUACUGAAGGAGUUCCUGGUAAGAUUGAGUUAUUCAAGAACUCCCGUGGCAACACCUUCACGUUCCAGCCCCCGGAGAUGAGUAAUGGAGUCAUCACUGGCUUUGUAGUCGUGAUCUUCAGAGACGGGGAACCAGGAGCUGAAAUAGAUUUGGGGCCGUUUGAAUUCUGCUUCUCUCCAGUGUCGUCAAACAUACCUCCUGGCAUAGGGUCAGUCUGGAUACAGGUGGCUGCUACCACGGCGAUUGGAACUGGGGAACCAAGUGAUGCCCUUCCAUUGGAAAUAGAGGCUGAGAGGAGUUGCCCUGGUUUGUCUUCUCCCCUCAGUGGAGAGGUUGUGCUCAUGUCCUCCCUUGUGGGCGGUAGUGCAAGGUACUUCUGUGAUAACGGAUUCAGUCUGGUGGGUGAUUCGAGGCGAGUGUGUCGGCCGGACGAGACUUGGAGUGGAGACGUACCAACUUGUGAACCCAUUACCUGUGGUGCACUGUCCAGUCCCCCCAACGGACGUGUGUCUCUUAGAGAUGGUACCAGGCUCAACUCAGUAGCAGAGUACACUUGCAGUGAGGGGUACUUUGUCACCGGCGACCGUCUGAGAUUCUGUCAGAUGGACGGUACUUGGACUGGACUGGAACCAGAGUGUGUUCAAGCCCCUUCCUCCCCUUCGCCUCCCACCUGUCCCUCCUGUCCCACGCUACUUCCACCAGUGUGCCCCCCUACCGUGACCUGCACCGAAUGUCCACCAUCCACAGAGUGUCCCACACCUACUUGCCCACCUCCUCCUACCGUCCUCCCUCCUGUAACCUGCACCGAGUGCCCUAUGUGCCCCCCUACAAUGCCCCCCACAAUCUGUCCUCCAACUACCACCUGUCCUGAGGUGACAUGCCCCCCUCCUACUGUCGCACCAUCAGGUUUUGAGUGUGAUGAGCUGGAGCCACUAGAGAAUGGAGUCGUGUCAAAGCCGAGCAAUUCUGUUGGUUCUGUGGCUAGAUACUCGUGUGAGCCUGGCUUCAUGAUCUCUGGACCCCGAGAGAGGGUGUGUCAACUCUCUGCUGCAUCAUGGAGCGAGUCGACCCCAAGCUGUGAAGGCGUAUUAUGUGAAAAGCUUUCAGUACCGGAGAAUGGAGCUAUACAGUACAUGAAUGAUGGUUCCUUUGCCCUGUACAUGUGUAACAAUGGCUACUCACUAUCUGGCUCUAACUUCAGAGAGUGUAGACCUAAUGGACGCUGGGCAGGGAGAGAGCCGACCUGCAUUAAGGAUUGUGAACCAUUUGAGGAUGGUUUUGAGAAUGGUAAGAUGGAGGUGACUGGGGUGACGCUGGGCUCACUGGCAGUGUUUGAGUGUAACGCACCCUACGAGCUGGUCGGCAGAACACAGAGACAAUGUAUCAAUGGAGAGUGGACUGGGCAACAACCAACAUGCAUUCCCCCUGCGUGUGACAAUGAAGGUGAAGUGUUCAGUACGUGUGCCUCGGCUUGUCCAUCCACCUGCAAAGACCCCGCCCCACUCUGCAUAGCCCUCUGUCGCUCUGGAUGCUCCUGUCCUCUGGGAACAGUCUUAGAUGAAACACAGUCGAAAUGCAUCAACCCUGACCAAUGUUCCUCCCCACUCACCUUUGAACUAAAUGGUCACUUGUUCCCAAACGGCUCUAGUAUACAACUGAAUGAUAUCGGUGAAGACGAUAAUGGAUUAAUAUUUCGGGCUGGUUUAACUGAUUGUUGCCAAGCAAGGAGGAUUGGAAAUUGUAACGGACCUGAUCAGUUGAAAAUUUUUGUGCGAGCCACGGGAGAUGAGAUAUAUCGAAACAGAGGAGAUAAAGUUAUUCGAUUGAAUCGUCAGCCUUACUCUAAUAGCUCUACUGGGAAAGCAGCUCUGCCAGGACUCUAUUGUUGUGAUGUACCCAGCUCAGAGACUGAAACUGGCGUAGUAGUAACUGACAAAGUGUGUGUUAAUAUUGUAUUGUGAAACUGAACUGAGUAGAUUAAGGAAAAGUAGUAUUUUUGUAUUUUUGCCUUGUUUACAUGUCUCAUUAUUUUAUCACCUCAAUGGUGAAUUUGUAUAACCAUUGUUUUCAUUA